AUGGGGGGGACCUCGUCAGACCUCUAUCAAAGGGAUACUAUUGCCUCCUACUGCCGCUGUCAUAGCAUCACACCUCAGCACUACCUCUCCAAGCUGCUCACAGCCUACAGAGUAGAAAACAGAGUGCCUGGAGCCGGGCUACACAAGUACGUGGAAAGACCUCAGGAAGCAAUCUACACACACCUCAAUGGCCACCCUGUAUCUGAGAAAAGAAAAAAGGGUGCAAAAAGUAGUCCGUCUCCAAACCCUCCCGCACCAGCAGUCCGUCUCCAAACCCUCCCGCACCAGCAGUCCGUCUCCAAACCCUCCCGCACCAGCAGUCCGUCUCCAAACCCUCCCGCACCAGCAGUCCGUCUCCAAACCCUCCCGCACCAGCAGUCCGUCUCCAAACCCUCCCGCACCAGCAGUCCGUCUCCAAACCCUCCCGCACCAGCAGUCCGUCUCCAAACCCUCCCGCACCAGCAGUCCGUCUCCAAACCCUCCCGCACCAGCAGUCCGUCUCCAAACCCUCCCGCACCAGCAGUCCGUCUCCAAACCCUCCCGCACCAGCAGUCCGUCUCCAAACCCUCCCGCACCAGCAGUCCGUCUCCAAACCCUCCCGCACCAGCAGUCCGUCUCCAAACCCUCCCGCACCAGCAGUCCGUCUCCAAACCCUCCCGCACCAGCAGUCCGUCUCCAAACCCUCCCGCACCAGCAGUCCGUCUCCAAACCCUCCCGCACCAGCAGUCCGUCUCCAAACCCUCCCGCACCAGCAGUCCGUCUCCAAACCCUCCCGCACCAGCAGUCCGUCUCCAAACCCUCCCGCACCAGCAGUCCGUCUCCAAACCCUCCCGCACCAGCAGUCCGUCUCCAAACCCUCCCGCACCAGCAGUCCGUCUCCAAACCCUCCCGCAUCAGCAGUCCGUCUCCAAACCCUCCCGCACCAGCAGUCCGUCUCCAAACCCUUCCACAUAAGUAAUGCAAUCAGACACUCCUGUCCACAUGUUUGCACAUUGCGUUUGUCUAUCUGCGAUCCCAGUAGCAAUGUCCAGCCAGGCAGACACAGGCCAGUGAUUCCCUGACCCAGUGGUAGUCCCCUGUAGGGCCCCUUGUGUCCAGAA